AAAAUAUUCGGAACUUUAGCUACAGACUCGUUGUCAACCGGGAGGUAAUGAACGUGACACCAGUACGCUUUCCCGAAACAAGCGAACUCAUUCAAGGGUUAGUGGUUGAAGGCUUAGUGCUCAAAGAUGUUUUUGACCAGAUCGGAAUAUGACAGAGGCGUAAACACAUUCUCUCCAGAGGGACGGUUGUUCCAGGUUGAAUAUGCCAUAGAGGCAAUAAAAUUGGGCUCCACAGCCAUCGGUAUCCAGACGUCAGAGGGAGUCUGUCUGGCUGUGGAAAAGAGGAUCACUUCUCCACUGAUGGAGCCCAAUAGCAUUGAGAAGAUCGUGGAGAUUGACAGUCACAUUGGUUGUGCCAUGAGUGGCUUAAUAGCUGAUGCGAAGACUCUGAUUGACAAAGCAAGAGUGGAAACACAAAACCACUGGUUCACUUACAACGAGACGAUGACUGUGGAAAGUGUGACUCAGGCCGUGUCUAACCUGGCGCUGCAGUUUGGAGAGGAGGAUGCAGACCCUGGUGCCAUGAGUCGACCUUUUGGUGUAGCUCUGCUCUUUGGGGGAGUUGAUGAAAAGGGCCCUCAGCUCUACCACAUGGACCCAUCAGGAACCUUUGUUCAGUGUGAUGCUCGGGCCAUCGGAUCUGCGUCAGAGGGAGCUCAAAGCUCUCUGCAAGAGGUCUACCACAAGUCUAUGACGUUAAAAGAUGCCAUCAAGUCAUCUCUCACCAUUUUGAAGCAGGUGAUGGAGGAGAAGCUCAAUGCCACCAACAUUGAGCUUGCAACAGUCGAACCUGGUAAGACGUUCCACAUGUACUCCAAAGAGGAGCUGGAGGAUGUGAUCAAGGAUAUCUAGAGAAGAAACUCUAGCUCUGGGCUGGAGAUGCAAGGAUAUGAAGGGGUGCCUGGGCCUACCAUCACAAAUCACCUACAGCAGUCUUUUUUGGAGGUUUCUAUUUGUAAUGUGAUUUACCUCUGACUUAACAGUGUCUGGGCACCUUGUUCAUGGGAGUGUGAUCAGCAUUUAAAGCUGAAUGGUGGGAAAAUUUCGGGGGGGGGGGGGUAUUUUUUUGUUACGGAUCAAUACUAUAAUAAACAGUUGUACUCAAAAAAU